AAAAGUACUAAUUUCUUUUUUUUUUUAAGUGGCACGUCUAGUUUCUAGUCCAGUGUAGCUGCAGUAGAGAGCACGUGGCCCAACGGUAUCAAGUUCAGUCCAGUUUGGGGCGGGGCUUGAUGUUCCUGACUGCUUCAGUGAAGUGAAACCGAAAGCAGUCGAAUCAGAAUAGACGCCAUUUCAGAGAAUUCAAGAUCAGUAAUGCCUUCACAUGUCACGCAGGAAGAGAAGCAGAAACCUGCCUGUAAAAUGAGUGUGAAUGAGGAGAGAGAGGAGGAGGCUUCUGUUCACACUCAGAGAGCAGCAUCUCCAGGAUUCAGCUGUGUGUCCAUGAAGAGUAACCACUCCAUGAUUAUUCCCCCUGAUCUCACUGAUGGACCAUCUCCAGGAUUCAGCUGUGUGUCCAUGAAGAGUAGCCACUCCAUGAUUAUUCCCCCUGAUCUCAGUGGUGGACAAUCUUCAGGAUUCAGCUGUGUGUCCAUGAAGAGUAACCACUCCAUGAUUAUUCCCCCUGAUCUCACUGAUGGACCAUCUCCAGGAUUCAGCUGUGUGUCCAUGAAGAGUAGCCACUCCAUGAUUAUUCCCCCUGAUCUCAGUGGUGGACAAUCUUCAGGAUUCAGCUGUGUGUCCAUGAAGAGUAACCACUCCAUGAUUAUUCCCCCUGAUCUCACUGAUAGACCAUCUCCAGGAUUCAGCUGUGUGUCCAUGAAGAGUAACCACUCCAUGAUUAUUCCCCCUGAUCUCAAUGAUGGACCAUUUCCAGGAUUCAGCUGUGGAUUUGAACCACAUAAAUUCAGUGAUGGAGCUGCUGUGACCUCUGACUUUGUGAAGAGAAAGAGAGCAGCAUCUCCAGUAUCCAGAUCUGUGUCUAUGAAGAGUAACAGACCCAUGCAUCAUCCCGUUGAUCUCAGAAAUGAAGCCGUGCCCUUUGACCAUGUUGGUGGGAGAGCUGACCAGAUCAGAUAUGUGUCCUGUCAGACCUUCACGACCUCCUCCUGUCAGAAACACAUCAGUCAUCAUGACACAGAAGCAGCCCUGCAGCUUGAUUCUCACCAACCAGUGCACAAUGAUCUUCAGAGAGUCAAAAACCUGCACAAAACCAGCAUGAAGAACAGAUAUGAGAGUGUAUUUGAGGGAAUCAAACUACAAGAGAAUCAGACCCUCCUGAACAGGAUUUACACACAGCUGUACAUCAUAGAGGGAGAGAGUGAAGGAGUGAAUGAAGAACAUGAGGUGCUACAGAUGGAGAAAAGUUACAAGACACUCCAAGACACUCCAAUCAACUGUAAUGACAUCUUUGAUCCUUCACCUGAAACAGGAUAUGAGGAGAAGAGAAGAGAGAAGAAAGACAAAAUGAAGACUGUUCUUACUAAAGGCAUCGCUGGAAUUGGAAAAACCGUCUCUGUGCAGAAGUUCAUUCUGGACUGGGCCGAGGGAAAAGCCAAUCAGGAUGUAGAUUUCAUGUUUGUGCUUCCAUUUAGAGAGCUGAACUUGAUUAAAGAUCAUCAGUGCAGUCUUUACAGACUUCUGCUGGACUUUCAUCCUGAACUUCAACAUCUGGACUCAAAGAUGUAUGAUGAAUGUACAGUUGUGUUCAUCUUUGAUGGUCUGGAUGAAAGCAGAAUUAAACUGUUUUCAGGCAGUGAGAAAGUUUCUGAUGUGACUGAGACUUCAUCUGUGGGUGUGUUGAUGUCAAACCUCAUGAAAGGAGAUCUGCUUCCCUCUGCUCUCAUCUGGAUCACCACCAGACCAGCAGCAGCCAAUCAGAUCCCCUCAAAAUACAUCAACCGUGUGACAGAAAUUCAGGGAUUCAAUGACCCUCAGAAGGAGGAAUAUUUCAGGAAGAGAAUCAGUGAUGAGCAUCAAGCCAGCAGAAUCAUCUCACACAUCAGAAGAGCAAGAAGCCUCCACAUCAUGUGCCACAUACCCGUCUUCUGCUGGAUCUCAGCCACUGUGCUUCAAAACAUCCUGAAACAAGAUCUCAGUGCAGAAAUCCCUCAAACUCUGACUGAAAUGUACAUACACUUCCUGCUCAUUCAAAUAAAUAUGAGGAACCAGAAGUAUGAAGAGAGAGAUCCAGAGAAACUCCUGCAGUCCAACAGAGACGUGAUCAUGAAACUUGCUGAACUGGCUUUCAAUCAGCUGAUGAAGGGCAAUGUGAUGUUCUAUGAGGAGGACUUGAGAGAGAGCGGCAUAGACAUCACUGACGCCUCAGUGUAUUCUGGGAUUUGCACUGAGAUCUUCAGGGAGGAAUCUGUGAUUUAUCACAGGAAGGUUUACAGCUUUGUACAUCUGAGCUUUCAGGAGUUUUUUGCAGCACUGUAUGUGUUUUUCUGCUAUUUACACAAAAACCGUGAAGUUCUGAAAAUGUUCCUGACAGAAAAGUCCAGAACUCAGCGUGGGAAUGUUUCUCUGGAUGUGUUUCUGAAGAGAGCAAUGAAUAAAGCCUUGGAGAGUAAAAAUGGACAUCUGGAUCUUUUCCUUCGAUUCCUUCAUGGCAUCUCACUGGAGUCCAAUCAGAGAGUCUUACAGGAUGUGCUGAUUCACACAGUAAACAACCCAGAGAGCAUCAACAAAAUAAUCCAAAACCUCAAACGAGGUCAAAAAAACAAUGUCAGUCCUGAAAGAUGGAUGAAUCUGUCACACUGCUUGAUUGAGAUGAAGAAUAAUUCUGUUGUUGAAGAAAUGCAGGCAUUUUUAAAAUCUGAAACAAUAAGUCAAAGUCUUUCUCUUGCACAAUGUUCAACUUUGGCAAACAUGAUCCUGAUGUCAGAGGAGGUGAUGGAUGAGUUUGACCUUAAAAAGUACAAAUUCAAAUCAAAAGAGGGAGGAUUAAGACUGUUACCUGCUGUGAGGAACUGCAGAAAAGCUCUAUUGGCAUACUGUAAUCUUACUGAUCAGCACUGUGAAAUUGUGGCUUCAGCUCUACAAUCAUCAAACUCCCCCCUGAGAGAGCUGGAUCUGAGUAACAAUGACCUGCAGGAUUCAGUGGUGAAGCUGCUUUGUGCUGGACUAAAUAGUCCAAACUGUCAACUCAACAUACUGAGAUUAUCUGGCUGUAUGGUGUCAGAUAAAGGUUAUGCUGCUCUGGCAUCAGCUCUGAGUUCAAACCCUUCACACCUGAGAGAGCUGGAUCUGAGCUACAAUCACCCAGGAGAAUCAGCACUGAAGCCGCUCUCUGAUACAUUCAAACAUCUGGACAAACUCAAAUUGGCACACUGUAAACUCUCUGAUCAACACUGUGAAAUUGUGGCUUCAGCUCUACAAUCAUCAAACUCCAUGCUGAGAGAGCUGGACCUGAGUAAAAAUUACCUGCAGGAUUCAGUGGUGAAGCUGCUCUGUGCUGGACUAAAGAGUCCAAACUGUCAACUCAACAUACUGAGAUUGUCUGGCUGUAUGGUGUCAGAGGAAGGUUGUGCUGCUCUGGCAUCAGCUCUGAGUUCAAAAGCUUCACACCUGAGAGAGCUGGAUUUGAGCUACAAUCACCCAGGAGAAUCAGCACUGAAGCCGCUCUCUGAUACACUCAAACAUCUGGAAAAACUCAAAUUGGCAAGCUGUAAUCUCACUGAUCAACACUGUGAAAUUGUGGCUUCAGCUCUACAAUCAUCAAACUCCAUGCUGAGAGAGCUGGAUCUGACUAACAAUGACCUGCAGGAUUCAGGGGUAAAGCUACUCUGUGCUGGAUUAAAGAGUCCAAACUGUCAACUCAACAUACUGAGAUUAUCUUACUGUAUGGUGUCAGAGGAAGGUUGUGCUGCUCUGGCAUCAGCUCUGAGUUCAAACCCUUCACACCUGAAAGAGCUGGAUCUGAGCUACAAUCACCCAGGAGAAUCAGGAAAGAAGCUGCUCUCUGAUACACUCAAACAUCUGGACAAACUCAAAUUGGUAGGCUGUAAUCUUACAGAUCUGCACUGUGAAAUUGUGGCUUCAGCUCUACAAUCAUCAAACUCCCUGCUGAGAGAGCUGGACCUGAGUAAAAAUGACCUGCAGGAUUCAGCGGUGAAGCUGCUCUGUCCUGGACUAAAGAGUCCAAACUGUCAACUCAACAUACUGAGAUUAUCUGGCUGUAUGGUGUCAGAGGAAGGUUGUGCUGCUCUGGCAUCAGCUCUGAGUUCAAACCCUUCACACCUGAGAGAGCUGGACCUGAGCUACAAUCACCCAGGAGAAUCAGGAAAGAAGCUGCUCUCUGAUACACUCAAACAUCUGGACAAACUCAAAUUGUCUGGCUGUAUGGUGUCAGAGGAAGGUUGUGCUGCUCUGGCAUCAGCUCUGAGUUCAAACCCUUCACACCUGAGAGAGCUGGAUCUGAGCUACAAUCAUCCAGGAGAAUCAGCACUGAAGUUGCUCUCUGAUGCACUCAAACAUCUGGAAAAACUCAAAUUGGCAGGCUGUAAUCUUACUGAUCUGCACUUUGAAAUUGUGGCUUCAGCUCUACAAUCAUCAAACACCAUGCUGAGAGAGCUGGACCUGAGUAUCAAUGACCUGCAGGAUUCAGUGGUGAAGCUGCUCUGUGCUGGACUAAAUAGUCCAAACUGUCAACUCAACACACUGAGAUUAUCUGGCUGUAUGGUGUCAGAGGAAGGUUGUGCUGCUCUGGCAUCAGCUCUGAGUUCAAACCCUUCACACCUGAGAGAGCUGGACCUGAGCUACAAUCAUCCAGGAGAAUCAGGAAAGAAGCUGCUCUCUGAUACACUCAAACAUCUGGACAAACUCAAUGUGGAUCACGGAGGAGAGUUCAUGAUGACACCAGGACCACAAAAGUACGCCUGUGAUCUCACACUGGAUCCAAACACAGCAUACCCUGAACUCGUUCUGUCUGAGGAGAACAGGAAGGUGACGCGUGUGGAAGAGAAUCAGUCGUAUCCUGAUCAUCCAGAGAGAUUUGAUGAGUGGUCUCAGGUUCUGUGUGGAGAGACUCUGACUGGACGCUGUUACUGGGAGGCUGAAUGGAGUGGAGAUGAUGCUGAAAUAUCAGUGGCUUAUAAAGGAAUCAAGAGGAAAGGAGGAGGGAAUGACUGUGUGUUUGGACGUAAUGAGAAGUCCUGGAGUCUGUACUGCUCUGAUCACACAUUCAGUGUCCGUCACAAUAAUAAGGAAACUGUCGUAUCUGCUGAUUCAGACUCCUGUAAGAGAGCAGGAGUGUUUGUGGACGUGCCGGCCGGCACUCUGUCCUUCUACAGCGUCUCUGACACACACACACUCACACACUUACACACAUUCAACACCACAUUCACUGAUGAACCCCUCUGUGCUGGAUUUUGGGUUUAUGAUUAUAACUCUUCAGUGUCUCUGUGUGACAUUAAACAACACACACUGGCUGACACACACACACACACACACAGUAAAAAAAUUAAUUAUGCGUAAUUACACUAAUUAUGCGUGUAACACAGUUGAUCUUUGACUGUUAUUUCCAUUAAAGCUGAACGUUUGUCUCUC